GAGAGGAGGCGCGGACGGAUUAGAGAGCAGGCCACGGCGGGCGCAGUGUGAGCGAGCGAGCGAGCGAGCGAGGGGCCAUGGCCGGGGCGACCACCAUCGAGGCGGUGAAGCGCAAGAUCCAGGUGCUGCAGCAGCACGCGGAUGAGGCCGACGAGCGGGCCGAGCGGCUGCAGCGGGAGGCGGAGGCCGAGCGCCGCGCCCGGGAGCAGGCUGAGGCAGAAGUGGCGUCCCUUAACCGCCGCAUCCAGCUGGUAGAGGAGGAGUUGGACCGGGCCCAGGAGCGCCUUGCUACCGCCUUGCAGAAGCUGGAGGAAGCUGAGAAAGCCGCGGACGAGAGUGAGAGGGGCAUGAAAGUAAUUGAGAACCGAGCUCUGAAGGAUGAAGAGAAGAUGGAGCUGCAAGAGAUCCAGCUCAAGGAGGCCAAACACAUUGCUGAAGAGGCCGACAGGAAGUAUGAGGAGGUUGCCCGGAAGCUGGUCAUCAUUGAAGGGGAUCUGGAGCGUACAGAGGAGAGGGCUGAGCUGGCAGAGUCUAAGUGUUCAGAGCUGGAAGAGGAGCUGAAGAAUGUCACCAACAAUCUCAAGUCCCUUGAAGCUCAGGCUGAGAAGUAUUCUCAAAAAGAAGACAAGUAUGAAGAGGAGAUCAAGAUCUUGACCGACAAACUCAAGGAGGCCGAGACCCGUGCCGAGUUUGCCGAGAGAUCGGUAGCCAAACUGGAGAAGACCAUUGAUGACUUGGAAGAUGAACUGUAUGCCCAGAAACUGAAGUACAAAGCCAUUAGCGAGGAACUGGACCACGCCCUCAAUGACAUGACUUCCAUAUAAACUCAAGUGCACCAAAGAGGAGCAUCUUUGCACGCAACGGAUGCUGGACCAGACUCUGCUCGACCUGAACGACAUGUAGGAGGCUCUCCCCGCAGCUGGUCAGCCUGCCUCGCCCUGGCUCCAUCGCACCUGCAGCCACUUGGAAGAGCAACUCUCUGCUGGCGCCAGCGCUGUCCUUAGAAAAGAAAAGAAAAAAGAAAGAAAAGAAUUGAUCUCUAUCCCUGGAAAAGGGGGAGAAAGGUCAAAGGUUAACAUUCCAACUUUUGUUGCCAAUUUAACCAAAAGUCUCUGCCAAUUCUCCUGUCUCUCUUUCUCUCUUUGCCCCCCACCCUCCAUGAUGGGCCCUCAGACUGGGCCAGGUCACCAGCAGCGCCAUUAAGGGAACACCUGCAUGCAACACAAUACCAUUUUGGGGAGGGUACAUCCAAGGUGUUCACUUCUUUGCAGUUAUUGUGGGGUGGUGUGUGGUCUCUCUCUCCCCCGCCCUUUCUGGUAACGGUCCUUCUGAACAUUGCACGAUUCCACAAUUCACAACCUGUGGGGUUUUAAGAGUUGCAGUUUAACACUGCCAUCCUGUCCGCACUCUUGCAUUUGCCACCGUUUUCUGGGGAGGAUGCAACUUCCAUGCAGCCAGCCCCGUGGCCUGCGGGACAGUCAUAAAUGUCCUAGCUCGGGCCUUCAGAACAAAAAUCCCCAUGGAACCUGCUUGGGGAGCUCACCUCAGCACAAAACUCGACCCGCUUCAACUUCCUCUCACUUGCUUCCAGCAAGGGAUGAAGCUUUUGUUCCUUUGCCAAAAAAGAAGGUGCAGUCCUCUCUCUCUCUCUCUCUUCCUCUCUUGUGGUUUUUAUAACUAUUUCUACUUUGGGGAAACAACUUGAAGACAUGUAUCAGGUUUAUAAAGUGAUCCAUUUUCUCCACGCUUUCUUAACCGUUGGCUUUGAGCACCUAGGCUUUCUUCUCUCUUCUCCUCCCUCUGCAAGUUUUCACAUGUGGAUACUAAGGAAGACUGGGGGCUCCCCAGUCUGUCCUCCUAUAACCAUGAAAUCCCUCCCCAGCUGGUCUUGGCUUGUUCUGUGCUUAGUAAAGCUUUUGUAGCUUCUGUGUGUGGGUGCUUGUGAAGACAGCGGGGGGGGGGGGGGGGUCUUUGUCACUGGGCUUUUCUGGACAAAGGGGGUUCCCUCCCUGGUUCUGGCAAGGAGCCUGCUGUACUGUCUUAAACAGAAACUGGAUAUCAGUCACCAUGAUGCUUUCUACUCUUCUGAAACUUGAUCUGCCAAGGUGUGUGCUUCCCCCCGCCUUGCAUGCCUCUGUGUAACGCUUGCUGGGCCUUGAAGGAGGAAGUGUGGCCACAGUGGCUUUUAGGGGCCGAUGUGGAGAAAUGAGGAAACCAUAUCAAGUGUUUUGAUACUAAAAAAAGAAAAAAACCAAACAAACUUUUGUCUUUUAUUGUCUUUUUUUAAUAAUAAACAGAAGCAUUCCCUCCA